AUGGAGACCGCCCGGAACAACGCAGUAGCAGAAAGCGCGCACGCGAAUCCACCACCGCGUGAAGCCACGGAGUCGCCCCCACUUAGCGUCAGCGCCAUGAAGGAGCGGCUCUCGCAGUUCUUCUCUUUCAUCAGCUCGCGCCUCAAGCAGUGCGCGGAGGACAUGGGCAAAAUCGCAGACGAAGAGAUGAUCCACCUCAGCAUGCGCAUCGGCGCGCCUAAGGGCCAGUUCCACUUCAACAACAGUCCGGAGAUCUUCGCGGCCGCCAUCAAGCCCCUCCGGACCGAACACGGCGAGAAGCUCUGCCAAGCGCUACAAGACACCUUGCACCGCGAAAUUCAGCUCUUGCGCAAAACCAAUCAGCGCUACGACGCAAAGCUCGAGGCGAAGAAGAUCCAAAAGCAGCAGCGGAUGUUGAAAGAGGAAGAGGCCGCUGCGCAGCUGCUCGAGAUCACAAUGGAAACGACCAUCGACGAGCUGGUCGAACGCAAGCUCGACACGGGACCGCUAUGGUGCAAAUUGGUGGCGGGCGGUUUGCCGGGCUACGGCGCGGAAAAUUGGCCCGGGCGCCGUACCAAUUCAAAUUUACCGUGCGGGCCCUCGGCCCGAGUUCCGGGUGCGGCAAAAAUUGCCCUCGGCAGCAAAUCGGCUUGA